AUGCGAGUUAUAGGACAGCAGACGGUGUACAGCGCUCAGUGGGGGGAAGAUACCGUCAUGUCGGGGAAAGGUUUGACCAAACAGACACUGUAUCUUCACGGAGAAGAGCGAGAGCAGAACGGAGGACAGUCGGGAAUAGAUCCCCAAGUGCCUCUGUCACAAUCCAGAGAACACGCCCGAACUCUUCAAACUCCCGCUUACUACAAGAACGCUGUACCGAAGCCUACACGGGCCACAUGUACAGACCACAGUGAGCGGAAAAGAGCCCCGUCCCCUCGGCUGUGUAGUGACGCGGACUCCGAGGGCUCCUCAGACGACGAGCGGUGUCCCAGCCGGGGCAGACAGCGUCUUAAGACGUCACGCCGCCACAAGACGUCUUCACGUGAAACGUCUUCGCCUUCUCCGGCAGCUCACGGAAUCUCCGCUGUCCAGUCGUCCCGUCGGGAGAAAAGACGGCGGUCUCCUCCUAACGGUGUGGUCAAACAGCGCCGCCUAGCGUCUUCUGUACACACUACAGGGACGUCUAUGGACAAACCUACAGUCGAUGUGAAGCCCAGCACAGCUGCAGCUGCGGAGAAAGGUUCUGUCAUAGUCAAGGGUUCAGCUAAGAAGGCCAGCGACCCUACAGGUGGCCUGGUGUCGUACCGACCUGAACCGACAGAGAGCGCUGCUACACGCCACAUGCUGAAGGCACACCGAACCAUCCAGGCUUCCCGCCUAAAUUCUGAACAAGCUACUGGUUCCCAACAGGAACACCGAUCAGUACCACCGUCUGUCCCAUCAGCUGGUCAACCCAAACACCAUGCUGCGACGGCACGCCCUUGUCAUGACGGCGGGAGUGUACGCCCAGGUUACUCGGAGACUUGUUCUGCGAGGGUACGUCCUGGGUACGGCACUGGUCCUGUGAGGGUACGUCCUGGUUAUGGCGCUCGUCCUGGGAUGGUUCGCCCUGGCCAUAAUGACACGACUGUGAGGGUACGUCCUGGGUACGACAGUGGUUCGGUGAGGGUUUGCCCUGGUCAUGACGGCAUCUGGAGCGGCCAUGAUGAAGGUUUCUGGCACCAGCCGGCAUAUCGGAUCAACUCUGCACUAUUCCCCGGUAGCCAACAGGUGAGACAACUCUACAUAAAGAGCAACCCUUCCUAAUUUUUAUAUUUUAUGUGUACGGAGGCCCACAAGGACAAAUUUAAUCUGCUUAUCAUAGAGCAAAUAAUUUGUGCUUUGUCCUUGUGGGCAAUCGUGUUUGCUGAUAGCCCGUAUUACAGUAUAUUUACCUGCCAUGGGAUGAUUUGUCCCCUUCCAAUUACUCCAACAGACUUUUAGAUGCUAUCUUUAAUAUUUUUACAACCUGCCCAGACUGUUCAGUCGCGCCCUCCAGCGGUGAAGACAGGUGCUGUAGCAUCCCAUGAUGCACCAAAAGGUGUCCGGACGGACAGCCAGGGUGACUCUCGUCGCCAUGGUGACGGCUACAAGCACCUGUCGACAUCUCGACCAAACCAGCUUUUAUCCAGUGAUGUC